AUGCCAAUGUCACCAAGAGGAAUAUUAAAAAACAAAUUAGACCCAACCUUAAGUCCCCCACCGUCUGCAUCAACAAUUGGAUUAGAACCUUUGGAUCGUCAAGAAGUAAUUAGAAAUACUAGAUUAAAUGCACAAUUAACAGCACCUGAUCUAUCUUCGUCUCGAGGUGAACAAAUCAGGGCUAAGAUAUCAGAACAAAAACGUAAACUACUGAUAGAAGGAGAUAGACCAGAGCAACAACAAGAAGAUGAGGAACAUUUAAAAUGGGAUGAAAUUAAUCUAUAUAAAACCGAACAAGAAAAAGCAGCCACCAUGAAAAUCGAUGAGCCUAAAACUCCCUAUGAAGGUGGAUUUAAUCCAGAAGGUGAAUACUAUCAAAUGGAUGAUGAUGAGGAGCAAGCAGAGGCGGCAGCGGAGGAUGGAAUGGAUGAUAUACCUGCUUUUGAACUUGGUGAAAGUGAAUUUGAAAGUUUGAAGAGACACCAACCAUUGACUUCUCUUCAUGGUGGUGAAGUUAUUAGAGAAGAUGUGCAGCCGGAAGACGAGGAAGAAGAAGUGGAGGAAGUACCAUUGACUGCGGAGGAAAGACAUAGAAGGUUUGAAGAAAAGAGAAAGGCUCAUUAUCAUUUAAAAGGAAUGGUAUUAAAACAGAAAAUACUGGUCUCUGAUGAUGAAGAUGAAGAUGAACAAGAAGUUGGCCAAACACCCAUCCAGUAA